AUGCUGAGGAAAUUGGAGUCGCAGAGGGAGUGGGUGUUGCGUGGCCUCUGACGGAAAGCCCUGGGAAAUAGUCUCCUUGACCAGUUUCAGCCUCCCUUCUCUAGCUUUUGCCAGAACUGAGGAAUGGAAUCCAGAGGUUUUGGCUGCUCAAGGGUUAAUUGUGAGCUAGAACUGGGAUUUUUUUUAGCAGGACUUAGUCCUGAAAUGCAUGAAAUAGUAAUCUUAGCAUUGCUCUUUGGCUGGUGAGUGCACCAUCAACACUGUAUAAAUACACACACACAUAUACAUACAUAGAUACAUACAUAUGUUAAGAAUUGGGUCCACAAAUGGAUGUGUAGCCCAGAAAGGUUGAAGAUCUCCAGUACUCUGAGAACAUGCAGUCUUUCCUUCAAGACUGGGUAAACCUUUGGUGGUUCCCAUCUGAUUGGAGGCAGGGAGGGUUUUUGUGUAAUGCAGUCUGGGCAAACUGGAAUAGUAUAUAGGCAGAGCUGAGUACACACACCACACACACACACACACACACACACACACACAAAACGUGUAUACUGUAUUGUGUAUUUUGAUAAAGUGCUAGGUUGGCUUUUGGUUUUCUUGCCAGCUGUAUCCACCAGACUUCCACUUGCUUUCUGGAGCUGCAAUUAAAGCUAGAAAUUGGAAGAGGAAUGGUUUGAAAGAUCAUGGUCCCUUUUUAUUAUUUAUUUGUUUUAUUUAUUUUAUAAGAUGUAUAUACCACUUGAUUGUUAAAAAACAACAACCCUCAAAGCAGUUAACAAAAAUAUAAAACAAUAAAAUUGAGGGGAGGGGAAUUACAACCAUCCUUUAAAACAUACAAAGUUAAAAUACUAAAGCAGGUUAAAAUUACCUCAACUUUCUAAUAAUCUGGGUAGGUUUGUUUAAACAAUAAUGUUUUUAUGAAUUAUCAGAAGCAGCAGUACAAUCCAAAUUUAUGAAGCUUCUUUCUGCUAGGAUGCGUAACAUAAGAAAUUUGAAACGUUGAAUGUCAGAAUAUUAAGAAAUACUAAAGAGAGAUUAAAAUUAAUUCAUAAACUAGUAUAGUAUAAUGUAAUAUAAUACAUUAGAUGUUUAUUAUAAUAGCAAUGAUACUGUGUUAGUCUAAAUGGCCAUGAUUGAUAGAACAAGAUAAUUUUUGAAGAUUAUUUACACACACUUAUUCAUAUAUAUUUAUAUUUAAUCUGUGAGCAUUGUAUGCAUUAUAUUCUGUAAAAAGAAAACUAGAAUUUCUGCUUUCCUACGCUUCUCUGAUUACAGUGUGGACACGUUUCCCCUCCAGAUUAAAAUACAAUUCAUUCUCUCUCUCUCUCUCUCUCUCUCUCUCUCUCUGUGUGUGUGUGUGUGAACCCCUCAUGACAAUAAGGAGUGGAUCACUCACAAGAGUGUGUGUAGCAGCUGGAAUGUUGGGUUUAGAAUGUUAAAUGGGUUUAGAGUCCUGGGUUCAGAUCUCCGUUCAACCAUGCAGCUCACUGGAUGAAUUUGGGCUGAUUAACAACUGGGGGUGAGGUGUGCUAUUUGAUUUUUUUAAUUAAAACCACCACAACCACAACAUGUACUAGAACCAGUCCAGACACCCAACUGAUGGGGUUAAGAAAGUUAUACACUGGUGGUGGCAAUAGAACUUAGUUUUUAGGCUCGCUUCUUCUUUCAAGUUAAGGUAAAGGUAAAGGGACCCCUGACCGUUAGGUCUAGUCGCGGACGAUUCUGGGGAGCUCAAAUAGCCGGGCUGUGAAAGACACCUUCCCCAAGAUCCCCAAGAGCUGCUGCCAGUUGGAACAGGCCAUAGUGGAGUAGGUUGAAGAUGGUGAGAUUUGCUGCACUGUUUCUUCCUGCACCGCUCUUGACUCUUAGGGAGCCUUGCGGACACACGCACCGCAUCCUGUGUCUGUAGAGAGGGAUGAAGGAUCUGACCCUCCACUUACUGUUGGGUUACAGUUUCCACUAUCUCUGCCCCUUGGCCGUUCUGGUUGGGGCUGAUGGAAGUUGGGAGUUCAAGCACUUUCAGAGGACCACAGCUUUCUCAUCCCUGCUGUGGAGGAGAUUCUUGGGGACAUCCUCUGAAUCAGACCACAGCUCUACCUUGUCCAGGAUUCUGCCUCUUUAACAUAUGCCUUUGGGAAGCUUGCCAACUGGACCUGAUGAUGGGGGAUGAAACUGAUAGACAAGUCCUUCAUGAAUUUAUCCUUUGGGUGGUGGUGUGGAAGCAAUCUUGUUUUAUCUAAACCGAUUAGAGGUUUUUUUGUUGAUUAAAUGAGAUGUAAGUCUUGUCAAGUAAAUAAAAUCUGGACAUCAGCUACCAGGGCAUGUUCAAGGUCUUGUUAUAACAUAUACAGACCUGCAAGGGGUUUGACUAGGAUGACCCACAGGGUUCCUUCUAACUCUUCAGUUAUAUGGUUCUAUGAACAACUACCUGAAAAAGCACCUGCCCCUGUAGAGUCGCUUGGAUUACCUGGAGAAAUUCUCAGAAUACAGAAUACCCCAGGGCAGUGACCCCAUAAACAGGCAUUUUUCUGCUGUUGCCCCUGCUCCCUUCUCCUCUGGUGUACGUGAAGCAGCAACCAUCAGAUACUUUAGAUACCUUACAAAGGCUUGCCUUUUAAAAACUCAGGCAUUUCCUGACCCAUAAGAAUCAGGCCCCGUUUUGUGUGUUUGAAUCCUUUGAGUGAGAGUGUCUAUUUUAUUUGCUUUUAUGUGUUUUUAUACUGCUGUUUUGCUGGUUUUAGGUUAUCUCUUUCAGCCUAUAUUGUUUGCUUUUUUUAGACUCUACACUGCUUCAAGAUUUUUGAAAUGUUAAGUGGCACAUAAAUACUGCUAAAUAAAUAAAUACAUAUAUAAAACUCAAAGGGGUGGGUGGGCAGACCUUUUUUGCACUUUGUAAAUGUGAAAUUACCACUGGAGUGGAGAAUGGCCAAGAGGAAGUUAUGGGGGGGGGAUUUGGAGAGGUCCCUGAGUUAAAAAUACCUCUCUGUAGCUGUCUCCCCCUUCCACUUCCUCUCCUGAGUGUCUGAUAUGCCUCUAUUCCCUUUUUUGUGUUUUGAUUUAUUUAACAGAAUUUAUAUACUGCUCUUGUCAAAACCUGAAAGUGGGUUGCAUAAAAUGUACAAUGUACUGAUAAAUCAGAAACUAAAAACAAGCUAGCCUGAAAUUUUGAAAAAUAAAAUCAAAUUAUUUAAAAUCAAAUCAAUUUAAAUGCAAAUUAUAAAAUAAAAUAACUUACUAAAAUGCAUGUCAAAAUUUACAUGCCUGGAUAGGCUUGCUUGAACAAAAAAGUUCUUAGCUGGCUCUCAAAACAGUACAGCAAAGAUGCCUGCCUAAUUUCAAUGGACAGGGGGUUCCGAAGUGCAGGGGCUGCCAUAUGGAACGGCUGAUUCCUUGGAAGUAUGGAAAGAACAUUAUGUGGCACUUGUAAAAUGCCAGAUCUGCAGAUCAAAAUUGUUGAGUGGGCUUAUAAGGCUAUAGCCCUAGUUGGCUAUUGUGGCUCAAAGUCACUCUUGAAUUGCUCUAGAUAGAGCAAGGAAGGGGAAUGGAUGACUCUCUGGGAAUGGUCUGACCACCACAACUCCAUCGCUCUUGAGUCCACCAGUGACUGGAGGGCCACAGGCUCCCUAGUCCUGGUUUAAAAGGCACCACAAAAUUUCUAGGGGGGGAGGGUGGCAUAUAUCAUUUUUUGUAAAUCUGUUAGUUAAUCCCUUCAUUGAUUUUUGAAUCUCUUCCUUUCAGACAUCUCAAAGUGAUUUACAGUAUAAUGACAUAAAUGAAACAUAUAUGUUAAAAACAUGUGUAUAAAAACAAUUUUUAAAAACCAACCCCAAAAAUAUAAAAGCAGUUUAAAACUACAACACAUCCAUGUAAUAAGUUCAUAUCCACGGCGGGUAUCAACUGGGAUAAAGAAUUCCGAAGGCUUGUUGAAAGAGGAACAUCUUUGGCAGGUGCCAAAAAACCAAUAGAAAAGGCAACUGUCUGAUAUGCAGUGGGAGUGAGUUCCGCAGGGUAAGUCCUCCUGCAGAACACAGCAAUCAGUUGGGUAUGUAGGGGGUGAGGCGAUCUUUUGGGUGUCCUGGUCCCAGGCUGUGUAGGGCUUUGUACACCAGUACUACAACCUUGAACCUAGCUUGGUAGCUAAUCGGCAGCCAGGCAAUUCCUUCAGCAGUGGCAUGAUGUGAUGGCGAUUUUUCUCCCCAGUGAGCAGUCCAGCUGCUGCCUUUUGCACUAGCUGCCGCUUCCGGGUCUGCCUCAGGCAGUAACCCAAUCUACUUGGCUUCUCUUCUCUUUCAGGUAGGAGCGACUAAGGAAGGCCUGGAGAUCCAGUCAUCCACAGCGUCUACCUCUGGGUCCUUUGAGAAAGGUAAAAGACCGACGGAUACGUGGACAGCCAAAGAUACUUUGGUGUCUGAGGUGCAAAAUCCAGACUGAAGCACUCCCAUUUCCCCAGAGAAUGAAUGAUUGUGAGACCCAUUCCAUUAGGGAGCAUUUGCUUGUGGACAGAUGUGCCUUCCGUUGAAGUCUGCCAUGCAAGGUGAUGGGUUUGCAUUUGGCCCUCGUGGGCUUGCAUCUGGGCGGAUCUUAAACGGCUUGCACAGGUUGAUAUUUCAGGCACUGAGACACAGGGUUAAACCUUACAUGCCUUGUAUGCAGACUCCUAUGUUGGAAGCGGUGGCCCUCCAGAGUUAAAGGUAAAGGGACCCCUGACCAUUAGGUCCAGUCGUGGACGACUCUGGGUUUGCGCGCUCAUCUCGCUCUAUAGGCCAAGGGAGCCGGUGUUUGUCCGCAGACAGCUUCUGGGUCAUGUGGCCAGCAUGACUAAGCCGCUUCUGGCGAACCGUAGCAGCGCACGGAAACACCGUUUACCUUCCCGCUGGAGCGGUACCUAUUUAUCUACUUGCACUUUGACGUGCUUUCGAACUGCUAGGUGGGCAGGAGCUGGGACCGAGCAACGGGAGCUCACCCCGUCGCGGGGAUUCAAACCGCCAACCUUCUUAUCGGCAAGUCCUAGGCUCUGUGGUUUAACCCACAGCACCACCCGCAUCCCGAAGUUAGAAUCAUAGAAAUAUAGAGUCAUCUCGCCCAAGUCCUUGCAAUUCAGGAAUCUUUUGCCCAAUGUGGGGCAUGAGCCCACGACCCCAAGAUUAAGAGUUUCAUGCUCUACCAACUAAGCUGUGUGUUGUUGGGCUCUAUCUCCUUGGCUGGGACUGGUGGGAGUUGGGAGUCCAACAACCUCUGAAAGGUCACAGCUUCCCCCACCUCUGGUGUAAAGGCAGCACCAGCUUGAGACUGAUUUUUCUCUCCCAGGUGGUGCUAAGAACCUGUGAAGCGGCCUUACUCUGAGGCAGACCAUUAGUCUGCUGAGCCCAGUACAAUCUCCUUUGAUUGGCAGCAGCCCAUCAAAGUCUCUGGCAAAGACUUGACACCCAAGAUUUAUUCAAUGAGAAAGGCACUAGGUGAAGUAUGUGCUCUGCGCCAGAACUCUGCCUCUUUUAGUCCAGAAGAUACAUUCCAGUUCAGUGUAGCUUUAUUAUUAUUUUUGAAUUGUAGAAAAUGGAGAAAUGCAAAAAAAAAAAGAGGGAAAAAAAUCAAUAUUGGAGAAACGGCUUAAUAGCCAUUCAGAGGAAGCUUGAUAACACCACAUUCCCAGCCGAAUAAAAUGGGUCAGAAUGGCUCGGUUGUACUUAACGCUAAGCCAAACUGUGGCUUAGAGCGAAUUGUGCCACAGAGGAGAUUGUGAUUGCUUUGUUCCUCCUCCUGUGCUGCUGUGAGUUAAGCCAUGUUAUCCAAACCUGGGCUUGUGGCUUGUCUCAUUCCAGACCCGGCAAACCAUGAGCUGUCGUGUUUGCUUACACCUUGUGGAUUGUCUGGUGGAAAUAAACCGCAAGCCCAGGUGUAGACAACAUGCAAAGCCCAAACCACAGCUUAGUUCACAUUGGGACCAGAGAAAGAGCAAAGCGGCUGAGUUCUCUGCGCUGAUGGAGCCUGCAUGCUCAUGCAUUUAUGCUAAGCCAUGGUUUGGCUUAGUGUUAAGUUGGGACCAGCCCUUGUCCGUCUGCUGGAACUGGUGUCUUUCCCCAGUUCUUACUUCCUGAAGUCAUGCACAGGGAGAAGACUGUGCAACUCUCCCUGCACCUGAAUCUGAAGACGCUGGGUUGGGAGGAGAGAUUGGCCAUUUAGGGCAGGCUUUGCCAUGUGAGCUGCCUGCUUGGGACACUGUGUACAAAGCUGAGCUCUUCAGAAGGCCAGGCUGAACUGUAGUUACAGUCUGAACAGAUUCUGCUCUGCCCCUCAAUAACAGCCGCACAACAGAAACUCUGUGUCUUUGCCAGCAUUGCCACAGGCAGAAACCCAACAGAAGCAGCUUUCCCCACCAUGCGAGAUGCACUUGUUGUGCCCGUCCAGCUCUGAAAGGGGAAAGAAAAGCUUGCAGCCUUGCUUUCAUCACCAAAUGCCGUUUCUGUAGUAGUAGUAGUAGUAGUAGUAGUAAUAAUAAUAAUAAUAAUAAUAAUUAAUAAUAAUAAAAAUUAUUACUUAUACUCCGCCCAUCUGGCUGGGUUUCCCCAGCCACUCUGGGCCGCUUCCAGCAGGAGAUUAAAAAUACAUUAAAACAUCAGUCAUUAAAAAAACUUCCCUAAACAGGGCUGCCUUCAGAUGUCUUCUAAAAGUCAGAUAUUGUUUGUUCCUUUGACAUCUGAUGGGAGGGCGUUCCACAGGGCGGGAGCCACCACCGAGAAGGCCCUCUUCCUAGUUCCCUGUAAGCUCACUUCUCGCAGGGAGGGAACCGCCAGAAGGCCCUCGGAGCUGGACCUCAGUGUCCGGGCAGAACGAUGGAGGUGGAGACGCUCCUUCAGGUAUACUGGGCCGAGGCCAUUUAGGGCUUUAAAGGUCAGCACCAACACUUUGAAUUGUGCUUGGAAAUGUACUUGGAGCCAAUGUAGGUCUCGGCAGCCGCUCCCAGUCACCUGUCUAGCUGCCGCCUUCUGGAUUAAUUGUAAUUGUAAGAGUGGCUUCUUGCUGAUGGUUUUUCACCCUCUUCCGCCCUGCCCAGGAUUUGCUGGCGCUCCUCUGUCUGUGGCAAGGAGCAUGAUUAUUGGCACUUCAGCAGUCUGCUGCCCCUGGGGAGAGAGGUCUCUGCCCUUUCUGUCCAAAGGAAAUGAUGUCUGA